AUGUUUUUUUUAUGGUCUAUUGGAAGUUUAUUAUUAAUUUUGAAUUCUUGUAUUUGUCAACAAUUUUGUAUUAAUUCUUGUAAUUUCAAUCAUGAUUUCAAUGCAAAUCUAACUCUUCCAGUUAAUUGCACAAUCAUACAACAAGAACGAUGUUCUGCUAUUCUUAUAUUCGAUUAUUCAACUCGUGUUGUUAAUAUUCAAUUUGGUUCAUAUUCAAAGAAAAAACAACGUGAUGAUAUUCUUUAUACAUCUGAACUUAUUUUAACUACAAUGAUUACUCUUGAAAAUGAAUCAUCUACUAAAACUAAAGUUGAAUUUUAUUGUUCGUCUGGUAGUUUUUGUGAAUUUAAUUACGUUAUUAAUCAAGUAUUACCUGUAUACAUUCAUAAGACAUGUCAUCAUCUUCGUGUCAAUUUAAUUUCAUUUCUCCAUUCAAAUCCUUUAUCUUCAUCUCGCUCAUGUAUGAUGAAUGAUGACAGUGUAUCAAAAUGUGAUCAACCGUGUAAACUCUUUUCACUUAAUCCAAAUCAAACUUUACGUGGAUGUGAAAGUUCAAGUAAUUUAGAAUUUCAAACAACAAUUGGUCGAACAACACCAACAAAUAAACCAGAAUAUGAUCAUAGACUAUAUAGCUAUACUUGUACUACUGAAUUAUGUAACGGAUAUGAAAAACAACAAGAAAUUGAGAAAUUAAUUAAAUCCGAUAAUGGAGAGUGCUUAUCGUUUCUUGAAGAUAUAAAUCAAACUACUACCACGACAUCAUACAAUCGAGCAACAUCAUAUUCAAAAUCAUUUUAUCUACCAUUUAUUUAUUUUUUACACAUAAAAUUUUUCUAUAUUUUUUCGAUAUAA